ACGGGCGUUGCCAUGUCGCUCCUAAAUGAUUAACUUCGCUCCAUUCGUUUAACAUUACCAUUUUCUUUUCCUACGAACCAUAACCAAUGCUUUUCUAUGGCAUUGUGUCUAAUUAUCCCCGAUUUUCGCGAUUGAUGUGGUAGCUUUUUGAAUAACGGCCCCGAAAACAAUUGCAGGAAUUCUUUCUAAUGAAAUUGAUUCUGGGGCGCAUGAUAUCGCAUUAUACCCUUUGGAACUAGAACUUAGACAUUGAUCGCCUUCAACAUGUCACAACGCAACAAUCCCUUCGCUAGGAAGAAUUCUCUUUCACCCUCGCCGGCUUCGAGUGGUCUUGGUCGACCGAAAUCCGCCAUCUUCUCUUCUCCCUCUGCCCUUCUAUCGAGGGCCCCUACACCCCCUUCACAUAAUCGUACUCAAUCGCAAGCAUCAAUAGGUGCCUCGAACCUCGUACCCGUUGGCACCAAUGGCCCUCGAAACCAUAGGGUCAAUUCCAAGAGCGCUGCUCCGAAUUCAACCACGUUCGCUCCGUCGUUUAUCAAGACUGAAGAAAUGCGAAGGAGCCUCGACACUGUCAAAGGAAUCGAGGGAGAAAAUGACUUCUCCGGCAAAAGAUAUGUCUGGCUUAAGGACCCACAGACCGCCUUCGUUAAGGGUUGGAUAGUCGAAGAGCUUGGGGAAGGCCGCAUAUUAGUACAAUGUGACGACGGCAGCCAACGUGAAGUCGAUAGCGAGAGCGUAGACAAGGUUAAUCCGGCCAAAUUCGACAAGGCGAACGAUAUGGCCGAGUUGACGCACCUGAACGAAGCGUCUGUUGUCCACAACCUUCACAUGAGAUAUCAAGCCGAUUUAAUAUACACAUAUUCCGGCUUGUUCUUGGUCACCGUGAACCCUUACUGCCCCCUACCGAUAUAUACGAACGAGUUCGUCAAUAGGUACAAGGGUCGAAAUAGAGAGGAUACGAAGCCACACAUCUUUGCCAUGGCUGACGAGGCCUUCCGAAACUUAGUCGAUGAAGGCGAAAACCAGAGUAUCUUAGUUACUGGUGAAUCCGGUGCAGGGAAGACUGAGAACACGAAGAAAGUCAUCCAAUAUCUCGCCGCGGUAGCUCACUCGGACUCUUCCACUAAAGGUAGAGGACAACAUUCCACCCUCUCGCAGCAAAUCCUACGAGCCAAUCCGAUCCUUGAAGCUUUUGGUAAUGCGCAAACCGUACGGAAUAACAAUUCAUCUCGAUUCGGAAAAUUCAUCCGCAUAGAAUUCACUCGCAAUGGAGCAAUUGCUGGUGCAUUCAUAGACUGGUAUCUAUUAGAGAAGUCUAGAGUUGUUCGCAUUAACUCCCAAGAACGAAAUUAUCACGUCUUCUACCAGCUUUUGAAGGGUGCUGGUCGUCAAAUGAAGCAAGAAUUCCUGCUUGAUGGUUUCGAAGUUGAGGAUUUCACAUAUACUCGUGAAGGGCACGAUACGAUAGCUGGUGUCUCUGAUCUUGAUGAAUGGGAUUCGCUAUGUUGCAGCAGUUUUACAUUUAGGUAACGUCACCGUGGUCAAGGAAAGUCGCAUGGCCGAUCAAGCGCGCCUUGCCCCAGAUGCCAAGGAGGUAGCUGCUCGAGUAUGUAAACUUUUAGGAAUUCCUCUGGAUCCGUUCUUACAAGGGUUGCUCCACCCUAAAGUCAAGGCAGGGCGUGAGU